AUGGCUUCCACCGUCCAGGCAACCCCGUUACCGCCGGCGCCGCGGCCAGAGGAUCUGCUCUCGCCGGCUCAGUGGGAGACGCUGCUUGCGGUUGCAGACACGGUCAUCCCGUCUGUGAAAUGUGCAGACUCUGCCAAUUCGACUUCUUCUUCUCCUUCUUAUGCUUCAUCUUCAAGCCAUCUCGUCAGUCGGUCCCGGUUUGAUGAUCUCGUGUCCUCGCUGCGGCCGGAGAGCGUCGAGGACGAGCCUGCGGCUGCAAGGGCUGCGGCGCAGUACCUGGACGAGAGCGCUUCCUCUAUCCCGGGCUUCAAGGAGAGCCUCUGCCGUACCCUGGCGCUGCAUGUCCACCAGGAAGGGCUCAGGGGCAUCAAAACCAUCCUGGCCGGACUCAACAACUUCGCCGUCUCCUUGGCCCUGACCGGUUCGCGCACUCCCUUCCAGAACCAGCCCUACAGCGUCCGCAGGCAGAUCCUGUCUUCCUGGAGGACCUCCUACCUGCCGCCGCUGCGUGCUGCUCACCGGGCCCUCGUCGCCCUCACCAAGAAGUCCUGGGUCGGAUCCAGCCCGUCUCUGCCGCUCGUGCUCGGCUUUCCCAGCGUCCCCGUCCAUGGAGCCGCCGCCAGCGAGAACUUCCCCUAUUCCUUCCUCCAGUUCCCCGCCGCGGGAGAUGGAGCCGGAACUGAGAUCAUCGAGACGGACGUUGUCAUUGUCGGCAGCGGCUGUGGUGCCGGCGUGGCUGCUAAGAAUCUCGCAGAGGCCGGCCACAGAGUCAUCGUGGUAGAAAAGUCCUACUUCUUCCCCAAUGACCGCUACCCCAUGGCCGGCAGCGAAGGUGCUUUCCAUCUGUUCAGCAACGGCGGUGCAGAGCUGUCGGACGACGGGUCCAUAGGCGUCGUCUCUGGCUCGACCUGGGGAGGAGGCGGUACCAUCAACUGGUCGGCGUCUCUGCAGACCCAGUCGAUGGUCCGGGAGGAGUGGGCGAACGGAGGCCUGCCCGUGUUUACCUCGUCUGCCUACCAGGCCUCGCUUGACCGCGUCUGCGACUACAUGGGUGUCUCUACCGACUUCAUCAAGCAGAACCACGGAAACAGCGUGCUGAUGGAGGGCGCUCGCAAGCUUGGAUACACGGCCAAAGCCGUGCCCCAGAACACGGGUCACCAGCAGCAUGACUGCGGAUACUGCACUCUGGGCUGUGCUGCCGGCGCUGAAAAGGUGCUCUUUGCCAGGAAGCACGUCAGAGGGAAGAAGGUCGCCGUCGGCGUUCGAGGGACGUGGACUUCGCGAGAUGCCUCUGGAGCAACUCACGGCAAGCCAGCCGUUACCAGAAAGGUCGUCAUCAAGGCAAAGAAGGUCAUUGUCUCGUGCGGAACACUCGAAAGCCCUCUCUUGCUCCUACGUAGCGGACUCAACAAUCCCCAGAUAGGCCGCAACCUUCACCUUCACCCAGUUCUCAUCAUGUCUGCAUUGUUUGACCAUGAGACUCGGCCAUGGGAAGGCUCCAUCUUGACCUCCCUUGUCAGCGACUUUGAAAACCUCGAUGGCCGCGGCCACGGCACAAAGAUUGAGGCGGUCGUCAUGCUUCCAAACUUCUUCCUCCCGCUGAUGACAUGGGAUGACGGGCUCGACUACAAGGUCUUUGCUGCCAACGCUCGCCGGAUGGCUGGCUUCAUCAGCUUGACCCGCGAUCGGGACUCCGGCAGAGUAUACCCUGACCCCAACGACGGAAGAUGCCGCAUCGACUACACUCCUUCUGCCUUUGACCGGAAGCAUCUCCUGGAAGGCAUUAUUGGUGCCGCAAAGAUCGCCUACGUCUCCGGUGCCAAAGAGAUCCGGUCUUCGUCGCGGGCUAUCCCAACAUUCACCCGCCCUGACCCCUCAUCCGAUGCAGCUGAUGAAGGUGUCAACAAUGCAGCAUUCCAGGAAUGGAUCAGGAAACUUCGUACGGGCGUCCCGCUACCGACAGAACAGUCCAUGUUCGCAAGUGCCCAUCAAAUGGGUACAUGUCGCAUGGGGACUUCCCCAAAGACCAGCGUCGUUGACCCCACAGGUAUGGUAUGGGGAACUUCCGGCCUUUACGUUGCCGAUGCCUCUGUAUUCCCAAGUGCCAGCGGCGUCAACCCCAUGGUCACGAAUAUGGCCAUCACAGACAUCACAAGCCGUAAGCUUGCCGAUACCAUGAAACAAGAGGAUACAGCUGCCCUCAAAUCACGGCUGUAA